CUUCCCCGCGCGCCUGCUUCAGCCGGGCUAUCAACAGGCAGCCAGGAGGGAAGCUGGGCGCCAGGUGUGCGGAACCGGGAGAUGGAUAUUCUCCCCGUCCUGCUCGCCUUGCUGUGGACCGGGGCAGGAGCCCUGAUCAACCUGAAGUACUCGGUGGAGGAGGAGCAGCGCGCCGGCACGGUGAUCGCGAACAUCGGCAAGGACGCCCGGGAGGCUGGCUUCGUGCUGGACCCCCGCCAGCCCGCCGCCUUCCGGGUGGUCUCCAACUCGGCCCCGCACCUGGUGGACAUCAACCCGGGCUCGGGCUUGCUGGUGACCAAGCAGAAGAUCGACCGGGACUUGCUGUGCCGCCAGAGCCCCAAGUGCGUGAUCUCGCUGGAGGUGAUGUCCGGCUCCAUGGAGAUCUGCGUGAUCAAACUGGAGAUCAAGGACCUGAACGACAACGCGCCCAGCUUCCCCACCGACCAGAUCGAGCUGGAGAUCUCGGAGACGGCCAGCCCGGGCACGCGGGUGCCGCUGGAGAGCGCCUACGACCCGGACUCGGGCAGCUUCGGCGUGCAGAGCUACGAGCUCACCCCCAACGACCUCUUCGGGCUGGAGACCAAGACGCGCGGCGACGGCUCCCGCUUCGCCGAGCUGGUGGUGGAGCGCAGCCUGGACCGCGAGACGCAGUCCCACUACAGCUACCUGCUCACGGCGCUGGACGGCGGCGACCCGCCCAACUUCGGCACGGUGGAGCUCAGCAUCCGGGUCAUUGACUCCAACGACAACAACCCGCUCUUCGAGGAGCCGGCCUACGCCGUCAGCGUGCCCGAGAACGCGCCGCCCGGCACGCCCCUGCUCCGCCUCAACGCCUCAGACCCCGACGAGGGCACCAACGGGCAGGUGCUCUACUCCUUCCACAGCUACGUGUCCGAGCGGGCCCGCCAGCUCUUCCACCUCGACCCGCAGAGCGGCCUGCUCAGCGUCAGCGGCGCCGUGGACUACGAGGAGGGCCACAGCUACGAGCUGGACGUGCAGGCCAAGGACCUGGGGCCCAACUCCAUCCCGGCCCACUGCAAGGUGACGGUCAGCGUGCAGGACGCCAACGACAACCCACCCCUCAUCAACCUGCUCUCGGUCAACAGCGAGCUGGUGGAGGUGAGCGAGAGCGCGCCGCCCGGCUAUGUCAUCGCCCUGGUGCGGGUCUCUGACCGCGACUCCGGGGCCAAUGGGCGGGUGCAGUGCAAGCUGCUGGGCAGUGUGCCCUUCCGCCUGCAGGAAUACGAGAGCUUCUCCACCAUCCUGGUGGACGGGCGGCUGGACCGGGAGCAGAGGGACCAGUACAACCUCACCAUCCAGGCCAGGGACAAUGGGGUGCCCUCCCUGCAGGCCACCAAGUCCUUCACCGUCAAGAUCACCGAUGAGAACGACAACCACCCCCACUUCUCCAAGCCCUACUACCAGGUCAUCGUGCAGGAGAACAACACCCCCGGGGCCUACCUCCUGUCCGUCUCCGCCAGGGACCCUGACCUGGGCCUCAAUGGCAGCGUUUCCUAUCAGAUCGUGCCCUCCCAAGUCCGGGACAUGCCUGUCUUCACCUACGUCUCCAUCAACCCCAACUCUGGGGACAUCUAUGCCUUGAGGUCCUUCAAUCAUGAGCAGACCAAGGCCUUCGAGUUCAAGGUCUUGGCCAAAGAUGGGGGCAACCCAUCCCUGCAGAGCAAUGCCACCAUCAGAGUGAUCGUUCUGGAUGUCAAUGACAACACCCCUGUGAUAACUGCCCCACCUCUGGUCAAUGGGACUGCAGAAGUGUACAUCCCUAGGAAUGCCGGGGUUGGCUACUUAGUGACAGUGAUCAAGGCAGAUGACUAUGAUGAGGGGGAGAAUGGAAGACUGUCCUAUGAAAUGGCAGAUGGAGAUAGAGGGUUUUUUGAAAUAGAUCAGUUCAAUGGAGAGAUAAGGACCACCAGAGCAUUCGGGGAGAAUGCAAAGACUACUUAUGAGCUGAUUGUGGUGGCGCAUGACCAUGGAAAAACAUCGCUCUCAGCUUCUGCCUUGAUUUUGAUAUACCUAUCUCCAGCUCUUGAUGCCCAGGAAUCCAUAGGAUCUGUUAACUUGUCACUGAUUUUCAUUAUUGCCCUGGGUUCUAUUGCCGCCAUUCUUUUUGUCACCAUGAUCUUUGUUGCAGUCAAGUGUAAAAGGGAUAACAAGGAAAUAAGGACCUACAACUGCAGAAUUGCAGAGUACUCCUAUGGGCAUCAAAAGAAAUCAAGCAAGAAGAAAAAAAUCAGCAAGAAUGAUAUCCGGCUGGUACCACGGGAUGUAGAGGAGACAGAUAAAAUGAAUGUGGUGAGCUGCUCCUCCCUUACUUCAUCUCUCAACUAUUUCGACUAUCAUCAGCAGACCUUGCCACUGGGCUGCCGCAGAUCUGAAAGUACCUUCCUCAAUGUGGAGAAUCAGAACACUAGGAACACAGGCUCCAACCAUGUUUAUCACCACACCUUCACCGGGCAGAGUCCCCAGCAACCAGAUCUGAUCAUCAAUGGAAUGCCAUUGCCAGAGACUGAAAACUACUCUUUUGAUUCCAACUAUGUGAACAGCAGAGCCCAUUUAAUAAAGAGCAGUUCAACUUUCAAGGACUUAGAGGGGAAUAGUCUCAAGGAUAGUGGGCAUGAGGAGAGUGACCAGACUGACAGUGAACAUGAUGUCCAACGGGGCCUGUACUGUGAUACUGCCGUCAACGAUGUGCUGAACACCAGUGUUACUUCCAUGGGGUCUCAGAUGCCUGAACAAGAUCAAACUGAAGGAUUUCAUUGUAGGGAAGAGUGUCGGAUCCUUGGUCACUCAGAUAGAUGCUGGAUGCCCCGGAACUCUGUCCCCAGUCGUGCAAAAUCCCCCGAGCAUGGAAGGAAUGUCAUGGCACUCUCUAUUGAAGCUACCACUGUGGAUACAGAGCCUUAUGAAGACUGUAGUACAAAAAGAACUUUUGCAACGUUUGGCAAAGAUGGGAGUGAACCCCUCGCCGACGAGCGUAUCGUCAACCUGAAAGGCAAAAGAACAGUGGAUCUGCCCAUCUGCAGCCCAAAGGUAAAUGGCGCAGUUCGUGAAGCGGGGAAUGGCUGCGAAGCUGUGAGCCCCAUCACGUCACCCCUUCAUUUGAAAAGCCCCCUGUCUAGCAAACCUUCAGUAUCAUACAACAUAAUGCACUGCCCGGUAAAUCGCGACCUGGAGCAAUUUGUAAACAAUGGCCCUUCUCGGCCCACCGAAGCAGAGCCUAGAGGGGCAGACAGUGAAAAUAUAAUGCAUGAAAUUAACCCACUUCUGCAAGAAUGUAGAGAAAAAGACUCACCAGGAGUGAAGAGACUAAAAGACAUAGUACUCUAAACGGCACCAUAUAAAAAGGAGAACCGACACUACUACAAGCGCAUAUUGUUUUUAAUUGCUUACCAAUGGUUCACAAAUUGCUGUAUUUAAGAGCUUUCCCUAAAUGUAUUGUUUAUAAAUGAAGCUAUCGUUAAUGUGACAAUCCCACUUGUUUCAGCAACCAGCAGGGGUGUUCAGUUGAAGCAAAUUAGCUUGUUUUUCUUUUGUCACGGGGUGGGGGUGAAGGUGAGACUAGUUCAGUUAUAAAGAAGUAUUAUGUAUGGAGUAUUUUCAAUUUAUAUAUUUUUAUAUAUCAAAACUCUCUAUUAUAAAUUGCCAUUCUUUGUAAUGAAUUGAAUUGAAAACUCCUUAUCCGGCCAUCUUUAAUAAUCACCCUGAUGUUUUUGUAGUCUAUACAAUUUAAUGGCCAUUUCUUGUGUACAACUGUUAAAAGAACAAUUCAAUGAGUUUUAAUAUUUGCCUAGCACAAGGCUGCUUGUACUUUAAAAUGUUGCUAUUUUGCUGUGGACACCCCUGCAUUAAGAAUCCUUUUGCUAUCACAUGCUUAUCUGUACUAUUAUCGUAUUUGAUAUUGCAAAUUACUGUAUGUCUAGUGAUGGCAAAAGGCUUUCAAGUUUAAAAAAACACAGAUAUAUUUAAAACUUGGGGAAACUGCUAUUUUCAAAGCCAAUGUAAGGAGUGUUCUCUCCCUGUCUUACCCUCCAGCACCCCACACAUCCUAUACUUGUUUUCACAGAGCUAUGAUAGAUCAUUGUGGAAAGUCAUUUGGGGGAUAUUCUGCUGCCUAAUUUGCAGUUGUCAGAUGCAGCGUGCUGAACGUUUUGAGAUCCAUUUUUUUUUUUUUUUUGUAAUGUCAAGGCACUGCAUGGAAAAGCUUCUCCGUAAGUUAUUAGUUCCCAGGUUUAGAUAUUCCCUGUCUCUAAUCAUCUCAGUGAGGGAAUUGUUUAACAGAUCUAAAUUAGCAUCUUGGUUAGACAUACACUUCCUGAUUCAACAUUUCCCAGUCAUGAUUACACUAAGUACCGGCGUGAGUGUAUGUAUCUCAUCAUGGAAUGGAUUUUAGAGUGGUAUUAUUUCUAUUUAUCCUGCAUCAAAAAUAGGUAUAGAGUAAGCAAUAGAAGGAUAUACGUGUAGGGACAGACAGGUGAAAUGUAACACCACUACUAAUCAAAUUAAUGUGCCUUCCAUAUGGAGAAGAAAAAAGUGAA